AUGGCGCCAUGGGAGGAUUUUGGUCAAAUAUUCAGCUUCAACAAGAAAUAUCAUUAUGACACCAAACUUGUCGAACAGAUUAACUCUAACCGCCGCGCGUUAGAGAACCAUCUCUUCGUUGACCGGCUGUUGGGUUUACUCGGAAUCAAAGGAGUGACCAAGGUCUAUCCCCCGAAGACCAAUGCUGACCUCCGAUCGCUGGUCGAUCACAUUAUCUCCUCCGAAUUAGACAUCCAUCACAAACAAGCCUUGAUUUACUACAUUCUCAAAGACUGUCGCAGUGCGCCAGAGGCGGCAGCGCAGUUCGCGCGCUCCUGUCACUUGCCUGAGAAAUAUCGCCUGGUCAUUGAAGGCCUCUGGAACAUGGACCGUCUUGAAUUUCGGCGCGCAAUCGAAUAUCUUGCAGAGCCCUCUCUUAUCCCUACCUUCCCGGAUGAAAUCCUGUACGCUCUCACUCUUUCGCAACUCCCGAAGCAUGACGAUGGCCUAGCUAUCGCCUAUUAUCUCACUGCCUCGCCGCCUUUGGCUACCGAGAAGAUCCAACGAGCCUUCUUCGAGACUCUCUGUCGAUCAAAUGUCACCGAGGCAUUCUACUUUUCAAGGAAAUACGAUGAAUCUCAGCGCCAAAGCUACUUUUCUCAGCUGGUUGAGUUCAUCCACCGAACUGCGCCUGGCCAAACCCGCAGUAAGCGUGCGAUGGAGUUGGUUGGGCUGCCGCUAGAUGAGUACGAGGAGGAGUGGUUUGAGGAAAAUUUGCUCCGUGGCAGUGCCAGCACGCUUCCAGGAGCUAAAGAUACCCUCUUGAUGCGACGCCUGGCAACAGGCAAGGUGGAUGAUCUUGGGGUAGAGUUGGAGGCAUUGGGCGGCAAGAAGGUGGAUGGACUCAACUGGGAUGAUCUACGGGAGAGCAUGCGGAAUACCCAGACUGGCGCUGCCCUGGCAGAAUGA